GAAGAAGAAAGCGCGUGGGAGAAAGAGAGAGGUUUGAGAAGAGUGGAACCCACCACCCAUGUGCCCUCCUCCUGUCUCCACCAGCUCCUGCCGCUCAAUCAUUAGACCCCUGUUCCCUCUUUCUCCCUCUAUUCAAUCACUCCCUCACUCAACUCUCAAUUCUUCUUCUUCAUCUUCAUCUUCAUCUUCAUCUUCAUCUUCAUCAAUUCAAAUCCCUAGAAAUUCACACUGUAACAAACCCUAUUCUCACUUCUCUCUACACCUGCUAACUAUGUCUAGCUCUGACGGGACCACCAACGGGUCAAUGAUUGACCCACAGAGGACCAACCAGCAACAGCAGUUAUCAGUCAAGAAACCGCCCUCCAAGGACCGUCACAGCAAAGUCGACGGCCGCGGCCGCCGUAUACGGAUGCCAAUCAUCUGCGCCGCCCGCGUCUUCCAGCUCACGCGCGAGCUCGGCCACAAGUCCGAUGGCCAGACCAUCGAGUGGCUCCUCCGUCAAGCUGAGCCCUCCAUCAUCGCCGCCACCGGCACCGGCACCACCCCCGCCAGCUUCUCCUCCGUCUCUGUCUCGCUCCGCGGCGCCUCCAACAACUCCUCGCUCUCUUCUCCUUCGCUUGACCACAAACCCUUGCUUGCUCCUACUCCUACUCCGUUCAUUCUCGGGAAGCGUAUACGCACCGACGAUGAUUCCUCCCCCGCCGCCAAGGAUGACUCUGUUGGACACUCGCUUGUUGGCUCUGCUGCUCCUGCUGGUUUGUGGGCUCUUCCUGCUAGGCCUGAUUUUGGACAGAUAUGGAGCUUUGCUGCUGCCGCCGCCGCCGCGCCGGAAAUGGUGGUGCAGCCGGCUGUGUCGGUGUCUGCUUCUCAGCAGCAGCAGGCUUCGUUCUUCAUUCAUCAUCAGCAGCAGCAGCAACAUCAGCAGCAUCAGCAAGCCAUGGGAGAAGCUUCGGCGGCGAGGGUGGGGAAUUACCUUCCCGGGCAUCUGAAUUUGCUCGCUUCGUUGUCCGGUGGGCAUGGAAAUUCUGGUCGGAGAGACGAUGACCAUCGUUGAUGGGGUAGUUAUUGUUGUGGUAAGUUCAUCUUGGUGGAUGGUGCAAGGGGUUGUGGUGGUGGUGGUGGUGUUUUCUUGGUAUAUAUCUAUAUAUAUGCAUUUUAAGUUCUGUGUUUUUGGCUAUUGCUUUGCUGUGUGUGUGGAAAGCUGAAGAUUCCAAGUACAAUUUAGUGUUAGGUUUUUCUUGGUUUUGAGUGGAGAAGUCCAUCAAUCAAGGGAUUCAAUUAGGGCUUUUUCUUCCUUCUGGUUUGGAUAAUUUAAUUAGGCUUUUUAGAAGUUCAAAAUUGUUUUAGAUUCUGGGGUUUUGAUGGAGGAGACAAAUGGAGAUUAUGUGAUAUUUUUAUAGUUGUGGUGAUUAUAAAUUGCCACAGACAGAUUGAGGCUGGAAUCGGUUUUCAGAACCUCGAUCAGGAAAAAUUGUAUUGUUUGUUUUGGAGAAGAAUGCUCUCCAAGUUGAAGUUCAAGCUUGGAAUGAUGGAUUGCUUCUGUUUCACUACUUUCAUAGGGUUUUCAGUUUUGACUGACUGUCCUAAUUGGGUCUAGAACUCUUGUUAUUCUUGCAGUUGAAGUAAUUAGUUGUUGCAAGCUUGUUUCUGAGCUAAGUGAAUUGUGUUUAUGAAGUUCAAUCGUCACUCCCAGUUUGUUGGAGUACCCUACUUUUCAGUAUAGAUUGUGAAUUCAUGUCUCUUGGCUGCAAUUGGGGCAUCUUUUGAGGGAUUGAGCUCCAUUGUAAAGGGCCAUGUUAUGAAUUUAUUUGGCAUAGCUGCUGGUUAGUCAUGUUCUCUUUCUCCUCCAUGUUCAUGCUCCUUGCUGGUCUUAGUUGUUUCAGAGGUUAUUGGUGAGCCUCUGUUUUGAUAUUUUUAUCUGCAAUUCUUAGCCAUUUCUUAGAUUGAUCAGCGUGAGAAUAAUGUUUUCUUGUAUGUAAUGGAUUGUUUUGGGGUGCCAGUGAUGUGAAUAAAAACCCAUCUGUUUCUUUCUUUA